CACUUAACUGGAUAAGGAAAAAUUCUCCAAAUCAUGAUGACGAAGAGCAAGUCAAAUUUGCCAUCAGAAACUCUUUAAUGACAAUGUUUUUACGAACAAGCCAAUCCAUAAAAUACUUGGAUAUCGUUGGUUAUCUAGAUCACAAUAUGAUUAAUAGAAUUUCUAUGAGUAGAAUUACUUCCUUAGAAUUAUCUCAUACAGAGUUGAACCACGAUGGGAUUCGGGCAUUGAAGAAACUGAUUACCUGUAGCACUACUUUGAGUUCUUUGAUUCUGUUCAGGUUUACAGGAUUGGGAUUCACCGAAGAUCUUGCCA